AUGCCAAAAAGAAAGAGCGUUCUAGACCUACUAUUGCAUCGUCCCCCCCUUACACUAUCACCUCUGGCUAUAAAUGCCCCAGUACCAGAGGCAUCUCUGUCGCCAGAACCCUCAUUGAAACAAUUUAUAGGAUUUCAUCAUAUCAGACGAAAUUACGCCACGUGGACAUCAAUAAACACUAGCUGCGUGAGAAGAUUAAAAAGAAUCCCGACAUUCGCUGAUGUCUGA